AGAAAUCACACUCCUUCAACAAAUGCCGGCAGUUCAUGACCUCUGCGCAGCACAAUUAAGAUCGAUUUCUGUACCCGAUAAAAAAAUGAACCUUGCCUCUUUACCGUAUCGUGAAUGUUUUAUAUCCUCGGUCACUCGGGGUGAUCACCGGGGACCGGAUAAAGAGUUUGUGCGUGCCAAACACACCGGAGAAUAUAGAGCUAUGUGUCGGUUAUGGCUUGAAUUGAAAUACAGGUAG